AUGCAGCCACUCCUGCUCCUGUUGGCCUUUCACCUGCUUCCUGGAACUAUAGCAGAGGAGAUCAUUGGAGGUCAUGAAGCACAGCCUCAUUCACGUCCAUACAUGGCCCUUGUGAAGCUCCUUCAGGAUGGCAAGUGGCAAAGGUGUGGUGGUUUCCUUGUGGAAGAAGAUUUUGUUCUGACAGCAGCUCACUGCUGGGGAAGCCGCAUGAAUGUCAUUUUGGGGGCCCAUGAUAUUGGAUUACAAGAAAAGACAUGGCAGAAAAUUCGUGUGAAAAAAGCCAUCCCCCACCCUAAGUAUAACAAUAUGACGUAUAUAAAUGACAUCAUGAUACUACAGCUGAAGACAAAGGCCCAAUUGACUGCAGCUGUGGGCCUACUCCCCCUGCCUGGUGAUAGUGACCAGGUGAGGCCCAGGCAGGUGUGCAGUGUGGCUGGCUGGGGACUGAUGUAUAAUAAUAAAACAACAAGCAAGCUGCAUGAGGUGGAUCUUAUCAUUCAAGAGCACUUCCAGUGUGAGUACCACUUCCAGAAUUAUGAGAGGACAUCUCAGCUGUGCGUGGGAGACCCUCAGAAACAGAUGUCUUCCUUUAAGGGAGACUCUGGAGGCCCCUUGGUAUGCAGAAAUGUUGCUCAGGGUGUAGUCUCCUAUGGAAGUGAAGAAGGAACUCCUCCAAAUGUCUUCACCAAAAUCUCCAGAUUCUUACGGUGGAUAAAGAAAACAAUAAAAGGCCUCCAACUGGAAGAAUCACCCUGA